GCUUGGUUAAGUACAUCUCUUUCCACAGUGGGCAGAACAGAGUUCCUCCAUCUUAAAUACAGGGGGACAAAUUAAUUGCGGAGCAAAGGUGAUAGCAGAGGCUCUGCUGAUGUACCUGAGUAAAGUGGGGCACAUUGGCUGCAACCUCUGUCACUGAUAGAGGACCAUGGCAGUGGAAUUUGACUUUUGGGGACCUUGCACAGAGGUUAAGACUCCUAUUCUUCAUUGGACAACCCCAUUAAACAUAAUGGCAAUGGAAAGGGGGUGGGGGGCCUGGGCAAAUUGAACAGUUUAUACUGUUAAAAUGCCACCCUAAGGGGCUGUUAGAUACUAAUGCAAUGCCAGAAGUGAGCAGUUCUUACCGAGCCUGCUGGUGGAGCUCCUGUGUAUCUCCAGCAGGAGUUAAGCUGCUCUCAGCUUCAUUCGUGGAAAUCUCCUUCCGCCAAUGUGAAUCUCUUCUUGGGGAGGAGAGACCUUUGUGAGCGUCCACUGGGGUCACUUUGGCUCAGCGUGACAGAAUGGUAAAUAUCCUGAGAGGAGAAAUUAAGUCCCUAUCUGUGCAUGACCUUGAGAGUUAUGAUAUAUGUGGGAAUUUAUUCGUAUGGGGAUUCAGAUAUCACUUUCCAGGAAGAGAAGCCUAUAUAAAUACAAGCUUGCUAGACCACCAAUCUCCAGUUUCUGGUUAGUCCUUCUAACAUGAGACUGCUGCUGUUCGUCAGCGCCCUCCUUGGGGCUGCCUGGUGCAUGGAAACUUUUUCUGGAGACCAGGUUCUUCGAAUUAGGGCAAGCAGUGGUGACCAGAUUGACAAGUUACAGCUGCUGGAAACACUGGAACAUCUUCAGCUUGAUUUCUGGCUGCACCCCUCGAACCCAGCACUUCCUGUGGAUAUCCGAGUCCCCUUUGGCAGCCUCCAAGCAGUCAGAGCCUUCCUGGGGUACCACGAUAUCAAGUACUCUAUUCUGAUUGAAGAUGUGCAGGUUAUACUAAAUGAAGAAAAGCAAGAGAUGAUCUCUAACCAGCGAAGGGAACGUAGUAACAGUAAUUUCAACUAUGGAGCUUAUCAUUCCUUAGAUGCCAUUUACAAAGCAAUGGAUGAUCUUGCAGCUGAGUACCACGGUCUUGUGAGCAAAAUCCAGAUUGGAGAGUCUUAUGAAAAGCGGCCCUUGUAUGUGCUCAAGUUCAGCACUGGAGGACCUGACCAUCCCGCUAUUUGGCUUGAUGCUGGUAUCCAUGCCCGAGAGUGGGUCACCCAGGCCACAGCACUGUGGACAGCUCAAAAGAUUGCAUCUGAGUAUGGGAAUGAUCCAUCUAUCACCUCUCUGCUAGACACAAUGGAUAUUUUCCUGUUGGUUGUCACAAACCCUGAUGGAUAUGUUUACUCUCAUGCCAAGAACCGUAUGUGGCGGAAGACACGCUCCAAGGCUGCUGGGAGUUUGUGUGUUGGAGUUGAUCCAAACAGGAAUUGGGAUGCAGGCUUUGGAGGUCCGGGAUCCAGUGAUCAACGCUGUUCUGACUCCUACCGUGGACCCCAUGCCAACUCUGAAGUGGAAGUAAAAUCUAUUGUAGAUUUUAUCAAGAAGCAUGGAAACAUCAAAGCCUUCCUCACCAUCCACAGUUAUUCCCAGCUCCUGAUGUAUCCCUAUGGGUAUAAGUGCACCAAACCAGCUGAUUACAGAGAGCUGGAUACUGUGGGGAAAGCUGCUGCUAAUGCUCUGACUUCCCUGCAUGGCACCAGCUUUAAAGUGGGGACCAUAUGCUCAACUGUCUAUCAAGCCAGUGGAGGCAGCAUUGAUUGGAGCUACGAUUUUGGCAUCAAGUACUCUUUUGCCUUUGAGUUGCGAGACACAGGUCGUUAUGGUUUUCUUCUGCCAGCUGAUCAAAUCAUCCCAACUGCAGAAGAGACCUGGCUGGGUCUGAAGUCUAUUAUGGAACAUGUGAGAGACCAUCCAUAUUAGAAGAAGGGGGGGGACCCAAAAACCUUAGUCCUUUGAUAUGUUA